AUGGCAACUCUUAAGGAAGACUUCGAGAAGUUGCUGGAGCAAAAGCUUGAUAAAUUGAAAUCUAAAGUCCUGCCAAGAGCGGUGGUCAAUGAGACCUAUCGAUCCUUGUUUGAAGCCGUAUUGAAAGGUGAUUGGAAAGCUAUGGCGAAAAUUCUCGAUGAAGACGGCACCGCGACGACGGCCAAAGUCAUGACCAUCGGAAGUAAUCACUUUGCCGUGCUCGAAGUCGCGACUAUGGCCGCACAAGAUGAGCUGGUCGAGAACCUGGUCCAGCGCUUCCCCGGGUGCUGCAAAGAUGUCAAUCGCAGCAGGGCCCUCUGUUAUGCCGCCCGAGGGGGAAGAAUAAGGAUAGUAAAGGCAUUAGUAGACAAAGUUAACGAUAAACCCGAAAUCAUCGCCGACGCUUUGCAGUUCGUUCUCAAAUUCCCUCCACUGCAAAAUGAGGUUAUUUGGUACCUGGCCAGGCGUACGACAUCUCCGCCGACCGGAACUCUCAUGGUCGGCCUCAUCUUCGCCGGCCAUUUGGACGUGCUCUUGUACUUAGCUGGCAAGUACCCUGGCCAUUUGGGAAGUAUUGAGGUGAGGAGCUUUUUGGAAUUCCUGGUGCUAAUGAACCGUUACUUCCGCAGCGGAGCUAGACUCAAUUUCUGGGAAAAAUCCAUUUACAAAUGUAUCCCUCAAUGCUUGGUCGAUACAUCACUUGACAACUUCAAGGACGCGAAUAUGGAUCGAGCACCUUUCAUCGAAAGGUGUCGAAAACUGAAGUUGAGGCACAAUUGCUCGCUUGAGCUUGCAAAACGAGCUCUUGCCGAGAUGAAGAGUAAUAUGGGAGCUCCCAAAAUGCUCGAAGGUCUAUUGACUUCAGGCAUUGUCCUCGAUGCCGCAUCGCGUGGAGUCUUUGAAAUCGUCGAUUUAUGUCUUAAACAUUAUCCGGAGUUGAUGUGGGAUGACACUUUCGCAAAAGAACUGAUAAAAACAGUUGUGAAGGGACGGCAUGUUGAGCUGUUUAGACUGGUGAAUGCGCACACCCCCAUUCGAUCUUUGUUGGAUAGUCUUUCGAUGAACGUUGACCUAAUGGACGCUGUGAUCGAAUGGUCAUCAAAAUGUGUAUCCCCUGAUGUCUCUGGAGCUGCUUUUGUUAUGCAGAGGGAACUUCAGUGGUUUCAAGUCAGUCCUCUUUGUUUAUUUCCCUUCCUUUUACGCUCUUUAAUCAGCAUUUACACUGCUAAAGUCUAUUAUUUCUCUGAAGGUAGUGGAAGUCAGCAGCUUUCCUUCUUUGAAAUGGCUGAAAGUUCUAGAAGAUAG